AUGACUUACACUACUAAGCUUUUCCCUCUCACAGCUCUGCUUGUUCUGACUAUGUCAUUCAUGGUCAGUACUUCUCGACCUUUGAACCACCCUACUGGAAGCACAUCAAACCUUGCAGCCAGAUUGAACUUGGAUGAAGGAUCAUCAACCUGCUGGGAGUCUUUAUUUCAGUUCCAGGCAUGCAGUACCGAGGUUUUGUUGUUCUUCCUGAAUGGUGAGACUAACUUAGGAGACGGCUGUUGCAAAGCCAUUAGAAACAUUGAGCACCUGUGUUGGCCUGCCUUGCUGGGCUCUAUGGGGCUUACCACGGAAGAGACUGAUAUACUAAAGGGUUACUGCGAUGAAGCCGAUCAAAUCCAAUCACCUCCGACGUCGUCUUCACCGCCAUCUGUUCAUCAGCCGACUGGAAAACUUGUUCCCUAUCUGGACAAGUGGAUUCCGUGA